UUGGAACACAGACCUUGGACCAGACCAUAUACCAUACGGUCUGGACGAGACAGACCAUGUUAAAAAAAAUUAACUCUUGUCCGCCCUCCAACCCUUCACCGGUAUCUAUAAAAAAAAUCUAGUGACCAAUAUGCUAGUGAAACAAAAAAAUUGUGAUCGUAUUAAAUGAGAAGAAAUAUGAGGAUAGAAGUGGAUUUUUUUCAAUUUUCAAAUAGCCUUAUUUCCCUAUUCGUCUUUGUGCUACUGCUUCUCUCCUCUCUCGAGUGAUCUGAAGAUUCUCCCAGUUGAUAACCUUUUUUAUGACGUCGAGGUAAUUUCGAACCACUAAGAUGGUCGCAUAUCUCUCAAUAAUUUUCCUUAUCUCAUCAAGGUGAACGAAUUUUUUUUGUAGUGUUUAAUUUUUAUCGACUCCAUAGUCUAGAAAUUAUCUGUGAAUAUUAUUUAUGAGUCUUUCUAAUUUUUGUGUGGUACUUUGAUAAGGAGAUAACAUAUAAGCGAUCAUUUUGCAAUUUGUUGGCUCUCAAUUAGAUGAAGAAUCAACUAACUUUGUUCUUCAAAUACACAUAUGGAGGUUCAAUUUAGUGUUAUUUUUGUCCAAGGUAGUAGGUAGUGUGUCGCGGUCUGUUACGGUUUACUGCGGUAGACCGCGGUCCAGACCACUUCAGACCACGCACUAAAGGAGGAGACCGCAAACCAGACCAAACUAUAGUUCUAGUCUCACGGUCUAGACCAAACCAUACGAUCCGGUCUAGACCGCGGUUUCCCAUACGGUUUGGUCUGGAUUCCCAGCCCUAAAAGAAAGGAUAAGCUAGUGUGAGCGAAAAAGAAUCAAAUUGAAGAAGACAAGCUCUCGUCUCGUCUCGUCUUCACCACAGAAACAGACAGUCAUCAUCAUCACCAAUCUCCCCAUUUCCACAACCUCACUUCCCGAACAACUUUCUCUGCAUUUUCUCCGCAUUUACCCAGCCGCUCGGCCGGCCAUGGCUUCCCUACAAACCUCACCUUCUCUCUAUCGCACAUUGUCUUUCUUCCCUCGCCAGCAGGCUGGAGGAUUGCAGAAGCAGCAGCAAGGAAGAGGCGUUUCGUUUCUUGUUCGAGCCGACCAAUCUUCACUUAGCUCCCCUGCUUCCCAGUCUCAAGCUCCAACAACAUCAUCUUCAUCAUCAGGUAGACGCCAAUUGGUUGCUGUUGGGGUGAUUGCCCCUCUGGUUUCUCUGGUUGAUCAGACUUCUUCUACAUCAUUUGCUGCAGAAAAUAGAAAGGGGUUCCUGCCGGUCACGGACAAUAAGGAUGGAUACUCAUUCCUCUACCCAUUCGGUUGGCAAGAAGUGACGAUAGAAGGUCAAGAUAAAGUGUUCAAAGACGUGAUUGAGCCACUUGAAAGUGUGAGUGUAACCGUGUUCCCAACUAACAAGCAAGAUAUUCGAGAUUUCGGGCCUCCGGAUCAGGUUGCAGGAACACUGAUCAAGAAGGUUUUAGCCCCUCCUUCCCAGAAGACUAAACUAAUUGAAGCCAAGGAGCAAGAUGUUGAUGGAAAAGCUUAUUACACAUUCGAGUUCGUAGCUCAAGCGCCCAACUUCACCCGCCACGCUCUUAGUACAAUUGUCAUUGGCAACGGAAAGCUAUAUACGUUGACAACAGGAGCUAACGAGAGGAGAUGGGGGAAGAUGAAGGAUAAGUUGCAGACAGUAGUAGAAUCAUUCAAACUUGCCAAUGUCUGAAGUGACAUUCUCAACAAGGACCAAUGGAUUUUCUUCAAUAUUAAUAUUAGUGUGUGCAUUUUGCAGAGUUGUAUAAGGCUAAUAAUCACCAAAAUUCAUUUCCCUGUUUUCAGAUGAAUACAUCUCUUUUUUACUAUUCUUGCUCUGUUGACAGCCACAGUACCAAAUUGGAAAAACUCAAUAUCAAAGCUAGGGGUGGCUAUUUGGACUGGGACCGGAUUAAAAAUCGGAAACCGGACCGUAUAAUCCUGACCGAGACCGGACCGGAACCGAAUAGUAAACAAUCCAAUCCAAUCUUUGGGCUUAGAUUUGAGGUAAAAAACCGGAUAAAGACCGGAUAAGAGAGCUCAACACCCAAAACUUAAGGGUAAUUUGCAUAAACGGUCACAAACCUUUGCACUUAGUACAAAACUUAACCAACUCCUCACCCUUUAAGGCCUUAGGCCACUCAAAUCCCACAAUCUCAAUGUAAAAUCAAGACCGAAUUGGGCC